AUGGUUUUUGUCUCAAGUGAGGAACCUCCUUAUGUCCCUCACCAAGAGGCGCCGGAUCCCAAAGCCCCUGUGGCGGCCAAGCACGAGCAAGUGAAGGUGGAAGGCGGGGCUGGCUUCACCGUGGCCAAUCAAGCCUUCCGAGCCCACGAAGGUGAUCCGGUUCGACCGAAGGGAGCUGGAUUCUUGCCCUUCGUUCGCUUCGACACAGCUGCAGUACCGCCGCAGAUUAAGGGUGGCGACCACAUUUAUUUACUCUUUACUUACUCGGAGGCUGCUAUCGAAGGCAAAGAAGACGGGACCGUGUCUGCUGAAGACAAGGAGCUCAAGGGUUCAUGCGUCUUCCGCGUUUGGCGGAAAGAUGGAACCAAUGCCGUGUGCAAAGACGGUGACGACGUUUUCUUUGAGCACGUGGACACAGGCAAAUAUCUGGAAGGAGCCACGGACACGACGCCGUUGUCUCUCGCAGACAAGGACGAGAAUUCUUCAGGGCAGCUUUUUGGCUUCUUCAAGCAAGGUCGGCCCAUGGAGAUGAAGCACCGCGACACGGUGUACCUGCAGACGUGGCUGCACAACUACGUUGAAUACAGGUACUUUGAGGACAGCAAUCUGUACGCCAAGCGAUGGCAGCGACGGGAGCCACAAACCCUGACUGUCCUCAAAAAGGCUGUGUUGGACUCGUCCACGACAGAGGUCGCCCGAAAGUUCCAGUUCCAAGCUUUUGAUCUCGACGGGAACGGGACCGUUAGCAAGAGCGAGAUCGACAUGAUGGUGACGCUCGUCAGAGGUGCUGAGCCGACUUUGGAGGAAAUCGAGGAAAUCAUGGUGAAGGCGGAUCCUGCCCACACCGGCAACAUUCCGUUCCCUUCCUUCGCUUCCUGGGCGGAUGCCGGUGGCAUGUCGGAGGAAGAACUCAACCACGCCGAGGUGCUCGGAAACAUCGCUCAGAGAUGCUUCGACUCUCUGCACGAAGAGAAAUGUCUCGUCGAGGUGCUGGGCACCAUCGAUGGCAUGACUGUCCAAGGAAUGGUGUCUCAGUAUUCAGAGAACCUCAAAGCAGGAAGCGUCCGCGAUCGGAUUGUGGAGAAGGCAGCCGCUGAGUCGGAUGGCUGGUUCUUCUCCGGCAACUGGAAGAAUGCCAUGAAGGCAUUGCUGGAACCCGAAGUCGAUCUCUGGGUUCGUUGCCUGAACGAUGCGAUGAAGGGCUUCGGCACCGACGAGAACUCGUUGUCAGCACUUGUUUGCACCAUCCCGGAGCGACUACGCAUUCCCAUCUUCCUGAAGUAUUACGAGACGGUGGGCAAGGGCCUCCUUGAGCAUAUCGAGAGUGAAACCUCCUUCAGCUACAAGAAGGUCAUGACAUGGCAAGCAAUGGCCCCUGAGGAUUGUCGCGCCAAAAUUCUGAACAAAGCUAUGGUAGGCAUGGGAACGGCUGAAGACCAGCUGAUCCGAGUCAUUUGCCAGCUGAAUUUUGGGGAGCGCAGGGAGGUCAAAGAAGCCUAUCAGCGCAUGUACAACAGAGACUUGCUGGAGCACAUCAAGUCCGAGACAUCGGGAGAUUUCCAGAAGGCAUUGCUUGUCAUGCUGGAGGCGGAAGAGGCGCCGUUUGAUCUGGAAGCAGACUGCGCUGCUAUGAAAGAGGCCAUGGAAGGAUGGGGAACUGAUGAGAUGACGCUCACGCGCAUGAUCUGCAACAAGACGUCGAAGCAAAUGGAGGAUGUGAAUGCGAAGUUUAAGGAGCUGUAUGACAGGGAUCUGCUGGAGUGGGUGAAGAGUGAGACCAGUGGGUAUUACAAAGAUACGUUGGUCGGAUGCAUCCGUCAUCCCAUGAAGCAAUUGGCCCACUCAGUGAGGGACUGCAUGAAAGGGUGGGGAACAGACGACGAGGGACUCAUCACAUGCCUGGUCCACUUGGAAGACUUCAAGAAGGCCGCCCUGAUCAAGGAGUACAACCUUGAGUUUGGACGCGAUAUUUUCAAGGACAUCAAGGCCGACACCAGCGGUGCCUACGAGAAGGCAUUGUGCAACCUGGUUAAGCCCGCUCCACAGGUUUGGGCGGAGUCCUUGACAGGUGCCAUGAAAGGCUUGGGAACGGCUGACUGCCUCUUGAUCAACUUCAUGGUUUUGGCGAAGGAUGACAUGAUGGAUGUCAGAAAGCAUUUCCACACUCUGAACGGCAAGAUGCUAGAAGACUAUAUCGAGUCGGAGACCUCCGGCGACUACAAGAACACGCUGCUCAUGCUGGCAGGAAGAAACAGCGAGGAGACCAUCAGCAUCGCCCCUGUCUACUGGGCGCAGCGCUGCAAGGAUGCCUUGUUCAAUGUUGACACCGUGAAAGAGGUUCUUGUCUCGAUGCCGGCGACGGCCAUCAAGCGGCACACGCAGCUGUACGAGGCGGUGUAUGGUGCCUCUUUGAAGGAAGAGGUGGAGAAGAAAUGCAGCGAGAAGGGGACCUUCUUCUUUUUCACGAACUGGUGGAAGCACGCAAUGAUGUCUCUUCUCUACAUGCCAGUGGAGCUGUACGUGAAAGGGCUUUGGGACGCCAUGCACGGCUGGGGCACAGAUGAAUACACUCUGACUGGCUUGGUGUGCACCUUGCCUGAGAACCUCUACGAAGAGAUCCAUGGCCUCUACGAAAAGACCCACCAGAGGAAACUUGUAAAUCAUAUCGAGUCAGAGACUUCCUUCAACUACAAGAAGGUCCUGAAGUACCAGGCCAUGCCUUGGGCAGAGAGUCGCGCAACCACCUUGCAUGGUGCGAUGGCUGGCUGGGGCACAUCCGAAGAUCAGCUGGUUCGAAUCAUCAUUUGUUCCACCUUCAAGGAGCGGGCCGUCAUCAGGGAAACCUACAAAAAGAUGUUCAACCGAGACCUGAUUCAGCACAUUGAGUCCGAGACGAGUGGAAACCUGAAGAACAUCCUCGUCGCUGUGCUGAAAUGCACACACCCAAAGGCCUCAGUCGACUAUGACACAGAUUGUGAGAAUCUGAAGAAGGCCAUGGACGGAAUCGGAACCAAUGAAAAGGCAAUCAUACAGAUUGUUGCUGGCAAGACACCCCAACAGAUAGAGACCCUCAAGGAGAAGUACCAAGAGAAGUUCGGGGAGGACCUCUAUGCGAGAAUCGACAGCGAAACGUGGGAUUAUGGAAUGAGCAUGUUCAUGACCCCCAACUUCAGGGCGGCCAUGCUGGGUCUGAUGAGGUCGCCCUCUGAACGGCUCGCAUGUGCUGUCCGGGAUUGCAUCGUCGGUUGGGGAACUGACGACACAGGUCUCAUCACCUUGCUUGUCCAUCUCUCAGAGCGACAGCGACGCGAUCUCGUGGACAAGUACAAGGAGAUCAAAAACGGGGGUGACCUUUACAAGGCCAUUGAAGGUGAUACAAGUGGUGACUACAAGCGUGCGCUGCUCGCGCUGGUCAAGCCUCCCCCAAGAGUAUGGGCAGAAGCCUUGUUAUCCUCGAUGAAGGGUCUGGGAACAUCUGACAACCUGUUGAUCAAUUGGAUGUGCAUUGCAAAAGAGCGCAUGGAUGAAGUCCGAGAGCACUUCAAGGAGCUAGAUGGUCGGGGUCUGGCUGCAUGGAUCGCCAACGAGUGUGGGGACAACGAUUACAAGGACACGCUGGUGCGGUUGGCGAAUCGGCGCUGCGAGCGCUUCUCAGGCCAGGAGGUUGGCCUUAGCAUCGCGCCGCCUAUGACCAAGGAGGAUGGAAUUCUCAAGUUCACGACUACCUUCAACAAGCUCUGCAAAGCCCGGCGAGAAAAAGGUGACAACAUCAUUCCCGGCGAGGAGGACCAGCAGGCCAUGGGUAACGCCUUCUUGUACUACGGCUCCUUGUCCAGCUGCGCUCCGAACCUGGACAUUCCAGGCCUGUGGGACCUGACCAAUGCAUGUGGCUUCCCACCUGGAGAUGAUGGUCCGGACCUUGUGGCAACUUUCCACGAAUGGGAUGUCAGUGGUACAGGUGAAAUUACUUGGAACGACUUCGUCCGGGAAAUGACGACUCGAAUCAACGACCCUGGCCACUUCAAUGCGGAUCCGCUCCCCGAGAGUAUUGACCAGAUUUCCAUUCCAGACAAGCCCUUGGGUGAUGGCUACAAGAGCUUCAUCAAUAGCUUCAAUGCGUCAGAUGCAGACUACGAGGAGUUCGACGGUAACUCUGGAGCGCCAGCUCCACCGGCCGCGCGGCAAGCUGUGGACAUGUACGCAGCAUUUACGGACGGAAGCUGGAAAGAUGUGCUCGCCAGCGUGGAGCCGGAGUGUGACGGGGAAGGCCUCCUGGCUGGGCCCUGGGGAGACUGCAUCGCGGCUGCUGUCCGGGUGGAGUGCACCGAGGACUGGCAGGGCCGCUUUCCAGAUGCUCCUGUUGGCCUCGUGAUCGAUUAUAUGUGCUCAGUCGGCCACGACGGCUUCGUUGGACAGGCAGAGCAAAAAGAGCAGGCGGGAAACAGGCACGUGUUUCACCUCUCGCACCCACGAAGGUGCGCCGCAAGCGUGACGGCUCGCAGCUGCAUGAUUGCUUUGAACUCCGGACUGCCAGAUUGGCAGGUGGCGAUCUCUUGCUCGUCCGCAGCCAUUGGAGGGAUGGACGAGGCCUCGCAGAUCAUUGCAGCUGCAACGCUGGGAUCCCGUUUGGCGCAUUCCGGCCUGGCAUUGGCCUUUGAUGUGGCUGAGCGGUUUGUUUCCCGCUUCAAUGACUACUUUGUGCUCUGGCUGGUUCUCGUGACUCUGGUUUCUGUGGCACGCCCAGAGACUUUCACUUGGGUGAACCAGGAAUGGUUCACAUGGCUUCUGGGCCUCUUAAUGUUCAGCGUGGGCUUGACCACAUCAGUGGAUGAUUUUCGCUCGAGCAUCAGAAACUGGCUAGCCGUGGUUAUCAAUGCAGCCGCCUGCUUCUUGCUCAUGCCGGCGCUGGCAUACACCUUGGCCGUCUUGAUAAGGGCCGAUGCGCCAACCCUUGCUGGCUUGGUGCUGAUCGGGUCGAUCAACGGUGGCCACACCUCAAACCUGUGCACACUGAUAGCGAAAGGGGACGUGGCCCUCAGUGUCUUGAUGACGAUGUCCACUACCUUGCUCUGCAUCGUGGCGACGCCACUGCUGGCCAAGUUACUGCUGGGCACAGUUGUCUCCGUGGAUGCGGUGGGGAUCAUCCUGUCCACGGUAAAGGUGGUGCUGGCUCCCACAGUCCUUGGCCUCGCCUUCAAACAGUGGCUUCCAAGCACCUCGGAGAGGGCGGCAAAGCUUACUCCCGUGCUGGGGGUGUUUGCGACCUGCAUCAUCGUGGGCUCCUCCGUGGCUUCCUGCCGACCCUACAUCCUGUCAGCAGGUGCACCGCUGCAGCUGGCUAUCCUGGGCCUUCAUCUUUUAGGAGGCCUGUCUGGCUACGUGCUCUCACAAAUGGCAGGGUUAAGCACGGCAGCUUGCCGAACGGUUGCCAUCGAAACCUCCAUGAAAAGCAGCGCCGUGGGCUACCUGUUAGCUGUGCUCCACUUUCAGAACUUCCUCGUCCGCGUGCCAGCUGCUGUCAGCGUCGUUUGGAGCGCCGCUGUGGGCAGCGCCUUCGCAGCUUUCUGGGGCAGAUCUAGCAAACAAGGCAUGCAGAAUGCCUUUAGAAACGGGAGAUUGAGCUGCUCACAGGCUUCCCUGAAAGAGCAGCUCCAAGAUCUCCAGGAUGCCCUACUUCUCUCCGUCGCGCUCGAGGCUCGACGACGCUCGACGAGCCGCGGUGACCGAAGGGGAGGGGGCCGAGACCGGCGCAGGUCUCCGUCCUUCAGACGUCGAGAUGACUCUCGACAGCGGCGUGCCUCACGGUCGCCGCUCACCCGCGGUUCGAGGCCACGGGCGGAAGGCUCAGGUGGCAGGACGAACAGCGACAGACGAUCUCCCCUGCCUCGGGAGCCGAAAUCCGGUUCCGGGUCCCAGCCCAGCGAGGAUCCUCCGACCAAAAACGACAUGCCAGCCGACAACUCUGACUCCAAAGGCGGAGAGGUUGAAACGAAGGUUGUCGAGGGCAUCGUGACUCGAGCAGGGGCACAAACGUACCUGUCCGAGAUCUACGUUCCACGCCUGCCUCCUUUGCGACCUGGCACGAUCUGUGUCAGAGGACCACUCCGCUUUGAGAAGGACAUCGCUGAAGACGAUUGUCGGCGGUUGGCCAACGCCCAUGCAGAGGGUGGCUACAAGAAGGUGCAAGAGGUGCGAAACAUACUUCGUGCAGAAGCAAAGUGA